AUGAGUCACUCACCUUCACCUGCUCCAAUGCUAGAUGGAAAAAAAUUAGCAGAGUCCCACCCCAUGGAUAUACCGCACAUCACUGCCGUGGAACUCCCAUUACAUGUCAAAAAUGUUAACCGAGCCAUUAAUGCACUUGGUGGGAAAAAAAGAAUCUCAGAGUCUAUCAACCAUGGAGAACCAUUGGAGCUCCGAUUACGCAAUGAUCCCUUUCACCACCCUAUCCAAGCUCUGACAAGUAAUAAUGAACGCGUCUUGCUAAAGGUUACCAUGUCCAAGAAAACUAUUCAAAAAGAUGAGGAUGGGAAAUUACUGCUACGGGAAUUGAUUAAAAUGAAUGACGCGGAUCCAAGUACGCCAAAGACAAGGAUCCAACCCAUAGCAAUUAUUGACAAGACAUUUAGGUUCCGAGCGAUGGCUGAUUUCCAAGUAAUUACUAAAAAUAGCCCCAUGGUUCAACAAUUUAAUGAAAAUGUACGUCACCCCAAAAACUUCAAAUCCGUUGCCAAUUAUGUUGCACAACAUGGUGAUAUGAAUGGGUAUAUGGAUCUCAAUAGCGAGUAUUUCAAAAACAAGGAUCAUGAUUUGCCACCACCGCCAAUAUUAUCACCUAUUCGAUUUCCCUUUGAUUACAAUUACAAGAUGAACAGAGCAACAACAACAAUAAUGGAUAAACAAAGUGGGCAGAAAAAAGUAGUGUCAACAAAAACCGCACUAAAGCUUCACACGAAAAUAAUUGAUCACACGGCAACACCGCCAUCGCAACCAGCGCCUGAUUUAAUUCAAAAUAGAGAAAUGAUUGAAAAAGAGCAACAUCAAUUACCACCACUGCAUCCAAAUAGUAUGUUACUCAAGUGUAUUGAAUGGCUAGAAACAAUGUUUGAAAUCAAACCGUUUUGGAUUAGAAAACACUUGAUGGACCUUGCACCAAAAGAAUAUCAAAAGUAUAUCAAAUUGGCUCUUCCUUAUGUUACAUAUAUUUAUCGUAGUGGUCCCUGGAGAUUCUGUAACAUUAAACUUGGCAUUGAUCCGCGGUCUGAUUCCAAGUAUUGGAAAUACCAAAGUGAAUAUUUUAGAGUUUUGGGUGUAAGGAACUCUUCUGAUCCUAAUAGUAGUUCCAUCAAGAGAAUCACACCGCCAUCGUUGGAACAUACAUUGUCGCCCGAUUUUUCGCAAAGUGAAAAUAAACUUGAAUUGGCACAAAACUUGUUCUUUGAUGGUACAAAUCUUCCAACUGCAGUCACGUAUCAAGUUGGUGAUAUUUUGGAUUUGGAUAUUUCGAGCACUAUCGAAAGUCAUAUGAAGGAUAUGGGUAAGGAUUUUUUGAGAAAGACAUGGGAUGUGCAAGAUGGUUGGCUCAAUGCAACAACAAUGGAAGUUAUAAGGAAAAUAGUUCGGUAUAAGCUUAAACAGUUGGUGAAUGAAGAACCUAUUGAUCAAAAUAAGAUUUAUAAAAUAAUUAAUGCGCCAAGGGAAGAAGCAUUUGCUUCUCGUGUACCAAAGGUAGGCACCACCAAAAGCAACGACAAGAAUGAUAUUGAUAAUAAUAACAACAGUGAUGACAAUAUUGAAGGGGAAGGAAAGGAAGACGAGGAGGAAGACGAGGAAGAAGAUGAAGAAGACGAAGAACUGGUUCGCAACGAAGAGGAGGAAGAGGCUGAACUUGAAGGUGAUGAAGUGCACGACAUGACGUUAACUGAAGAAAUGAUUUCGCGUGGAGAAGCACCGUAUGGUGGAACAUCUGGUGCAAUCGCAGAUAGAAUGGUAGAUGGCAUGAAUGUAGAUAAAACUGAAGAAGAUGAAGGAGAUGUUGAUGAUGUCAUCAGUCGGUUAAACAACCUUAACGGUGAUGCUGCACAAAAGAUUAAACAUCUAGUAAAGAUUAUUAAGCAAGAUGAUAUAGACUACAUGAAUGAAUGA